AACUCGAUGGUCCCUUCAAUAUCGAGUAAGGGAGAGAUGACUGUAUGUAGAACGUAUUAAGCAGUUCAGCAUAUGUUCACUCGUUUUGUAUACAGAAAAUUUCAUUUUCCAUACGAGCCUUAUCAGACUAGGAUUAGCCGUCUGCAGAUGACAUCAUUAUGUGACCGACGCACAGAGGAGUAACUAGAACAAAUUCGUGGCCAUAAUUUCAAAUUCACAAAGUUGAAGUAUUUGAUUCGAGUAUAUUUUUUUAACAUACCUGAUAGAUUCCUUCAUCAUGUGGCAUCAAUAAUAAGUCGUCAAAAUUGGUUGAAUAAAUGUGAUAAAUUUCGAAAAUGUGACAUCUUUUUGAACUAUUUUGUGCCUUUUCGAAACAUGUCUGACAAUAUCGCAUUUUGUAAAUUAUUCCUUUAUAAUUGCAAAAAUAUUUUUACUGGACUACUUUUAUAUGACUAUUGGUACCACUUCUGAACAUAUUUUAUAAAAAACAAAAUAUUUUUUCCGGAUCUUUGAAGCAAGUCAAUUAGGUGUUAUUUUUUCUCAUUUUUAGACUACUUUGUAGAUGAAAAAGUUACUUUAUACGGCAAGGUCCGGCAAAAUUUCUGUAGCAGGAUAAAUGCUACAUAUGUUUACUCUUCAUUUCAUGUUAAAACCCUUCCGCAUCCGUCCGCACUUGGAAUUUUAAGCGAUUUGAAAAAGUGCAUUUUUUAUCAAUUGUAAGCAUUUUUUUAGCGUGCAUUACAACAACACUUCGAUAUGAUUCCACGUGAAAGCUAUGUUUUUUAUUCGAAGCGCUCAAAAUCAUAAAACAACAACAUAAAAGGGGUUCUUCAUUAGCUACGUAAAGGGUCAAACAUGGAUGGUCAUCAUUAUUCAUCGCGGCUUACGCAAUCAAUGAAAAACUCAAUGAAUAUAACAACGCUUCUUGUAUGUGUGUGUGAUUUUGGUUUGAAGUGAUCUGGGAAACCUUUUUUGACAAGUUUAGUCAGUUGUGAUUUACAAACAACCGCUCGUGUAAACUUCUCAGUGAUUUUAUGGAAAUGCAAGUGAAAUAAUUGCAAGUGUCGUGUUUUCGUCGGUGAAUCUAUCUAAUAUUCCUGAAUUAUCCUAUUUUCAACUGAAUUCAACAGCUUCAAAGAUGAAUAAAGAAGGUAUGUAAAUAUAUUUGAGCUUGACAACAUACACUGAGCUUUUUCGCGUAGAUGAAUCGUAUUAGUAGGAGAUUUGGUUUAAUUGUUGAAAUUAUGUUAUGAUGUGAUGAUCUCUUCAUUCAUAAACAAUUUCAUACGUUCAACUUUAUUGCUCUUUUAACAUUCGUUAAUGAACGAGUUUCAAAUGAAUGGAAACAAAAUAAAAUAGGAUAUGAAUCUGCCGUUGGUUGAAAAUUCAUUUCAAUUUGUAUUGUUGUAUCGACAGGCUCUGUGGAGAACUACAAAACUGUCAAACGGCGGUACAUGUACACCUUAAUGCUCCAAUGCAAUGGAAAGCUUGAUGAGAUGUUUAAGUUUAUGGAGGAUGAACUUAUAAAAGAACUCAAAUGUUCCAAGAACGAUAUGCCCAUUGUGAAGCAACAUUUUAGAAGAUUCAAAGCAGAUUUCAAACAGAGGUGGAUUCAAGCUGCAUAUCACAAAGAACGUUUUCUUCAAAAUCAGUUGGUCAGUCUAAUUGGUUAGACGGUUCUAUGCAUUUUCCAUUUGAAAGAAGGGUAGUUAGCUCCGGUGCUGGACGACCGAACAUAGAAUUUUCUGAGUCGAGUGAGCGAAGCAAGCGGCGUAAAACGCAAGAACUUCGUGAAAAUGUACCUCUUGAAGAGUUAACAUAUGCUACACAGAUGAGUUUGAGAGCGUCCGGGAACACCGCAGCUGCUGAAAUUGUUAAAGAUAUCAGUAAGAUUCCGUCACAAGCAGGAGUAUUUCAAAAAGCAUUGAAAGAAAUUGAAACUCCCUCAGCCAAAAAGCAUUCUCCUUCGGAAGCCUUAGCUCUCUUCAUUGAAGCAGACUUAACCAAAAAACAGUGGGAACUGUUACAUGCUUCAAAUAAAACACUCUAUCCGUGCUACUCUACGUUGAAGAAUGCUAAAGGUCAGUGUUACCCAGAUGAACAGUAUAUUUCCGUCACAGAGAACAGCUUUGAAGUUAAACUUCAAGGUUUGUUAAACCACACAAGCUCGAGACUAAGUCUUUAUAUCGAUGAAAUUUUAACAACAUUAACAAAACCAGAACAGCAGAAUCUGGAAAUGUACUACAAAUGGGGAUGCGAUGGUUCUCAACAAGACAAAUUUAAACAAAAAUUUGAAAAUGCUGAGAACUCUGACAGCAACGUAUUUAUGAGUUCUCUAGUUCCUGUAAGAUUAUUUUUGAAUAUUGAAGGAAAUCAAAAAUUGUUGUGGCAGAAUCCUUCCCCUUCUUCCCCUCGUUUUUGUCGUCCUAUUCGAGCCAGAUUUAUUCGAGAAACCAACGAAACAACGAAAGAAGAAAUAAAUUAUAUUGAGAAGCAAAUUGGAGAGCUAACAAAAUCGGAAUACAUUACUACAGACAGCAAUAUCGUUCUUAUCAAACAUACACUUUUCCCAACAAUGGUUGAUGGCAAGGUAUGCAAUGCAGCAACUGAAACAUCAUCUAGCAUGCGUUGCUACAUAUGUCAAGCAACAUCCAAGACAUUCAAUAACCUUGACAAGCGGAAUGAAGAAAAUCCAGCUUCCUUCAAGUUCGGCAUGUCACCACUACACUUGAGAAUACGAUGUUUUGAAACCAUUCUCCAUCUGAGCUACAAGCUGCCACUGAAGACAUGGCAGGCACGAACUACAGAAGAGAAAAAAGUCGUCUCGGACAGGAAGGCGGAAAUCCAAUCUAAGAUGAAGGAAGAGCUUGGACUGUUAGUAGAUAUACCGAAGGCAGGAUCUGGGAAUACGGCUCGGCGAUUUUUUGAAAACGUUGACAUCGUGUCCAAAAUUACCGGAGUAGACAAAACAUUGAUCUACAGGUUCAAAGUGAUCAUCGAAACUGUUACAAGUGGACACAGCGUAGAUUUAAAUUUAUUCGCAGCGUACACGGAGGAAACAGCCAGGAAGUAUGUUUCAAAAUAUAAUUGGUAUCCUAUGACACCUACCGUGCACAAACUCCUGAUACAUGGUAAGACUAUCAUGGAGCAUGCCUUGCUGCCCAUAGGCCAACUUUCUGAAGAGGCAGCUGAAGCGCGAAAUAAGCAUUUCCGGGAUUACAGGCAAAAUUUUGCAAGAAAAUUUUCAAGAACUCAGUGCAAUAAGGAUGUUUUGAACAGACUAUUGCUUAGUUCGGAUCCUUUCUUUAGCUCAUCGCGCAAGAUCCCGGUUAAGAAAAGCGAACCUUUCUGCCCUGAAACUCUUCAUAUGUUAAAAGUGGAUAACAUGGUUGAUCUGCAAGAAAUCGAAGGUGCAGAUGAAACACUGGACAAUUCUGAUUGAGCUUUUGGACAAUCAAAAACGAUUAAAUUCCAAGCUGAUUUUUGAGAAUCAACGAAACGAUGGAUUUUUCAUUUCCUUUCUGAAACCGACACGAGAAAAAAAAAUACAAUUAUUGUUUACCAAUUAUUCAUCUUCAAUGUACUGUUCAUAAAAAAUAAAUCUAUAAAUAAAUAGGACACAUUCAUUUUGAAAA